AUGAGCCAGAUAAAUGUCAACACCUUGGCUUGGAGACUCGGCUCAGCAGAGCUGGGAGCACGCGGAGUCGCGUGCCCCUCGCAGUGUUCAUGCGGUGUGGUUUAUGGACUCCAAAGGACAAACUGUGCAGGAAAGGGACUGAGUUCAGUUCCCUCUGGGAUCUCUGACAACACCCAGUGGCUGGAUUUGGAGGGAAAUCGCAUCGAGAGACUCACACAGGGGUGGCUGUUGGUCUUUCCCCAGGGGGUGUUUGACCGCCUCAUGAGUCUGCAGAAGCUGUAUUUGAGCGCGAACCAACUGUCGGCUCUCCCUGCCGGGGUGUUUGACAAACUGACACAACUCACUUAUCUGAGUCUGCGAGACAAUAACCAACUGUCGGCUCUGCCUGUCGGAAUUUUUGAUAAACUGACUCAACUAACUAUUCUGAGUUUGUAUGAAAACAAACUGACGGCUCUACCCGCUGGGGUGUUUGACAAACUGACCCUGCUCACUGGUCUGAGUCUGCACGACAAUCAACUGAAGAGUAUUCCCAGGGGAAGUUUGCUGGGCGUGUGUGUGUCUAGAGCUGGAUGGACAAUGCCCAUCAGUUCCACCUGA